AUUAACUGCAGAUAUAGCACAGGUGAUGCGGGGAACUUCUUCGUUUAUGUCUUAAAACAAACAACUGACAACAACAACGUAGAAAAUGCGUGAUCAUAAACCAAAAAUGAGUAGUUACAGUCUUCUGAUAUUAAUCUAUUUGAUAGGUUGGAUAAGCAGUUUGGAGAGAAACCGAAAUGUUGGACCAGCAUCAGCAGGCGCCGGUCGGGAGCGCAUGGCUUUCUUUGCUCUGCGCAGCUGCCAUCAGCUCCUGCGCGGCGACAGUGGUGAGUUUUUCUCGCCGGAUUUCCUGUGCUCGAACCCGCACGUGUGGUGCAACUGGACCGUGCAGCUGCCCCCGGGCAAGCAUGUGGAUCUGUACCUGGAGGAUCUGACGCCGCCGGAUGCCUGUCACCUGAAGAGCGACCAAAUCCACCUUGAGGAGUCUCCGAGAGCGGCCGGAGGACAGCGAGUGCUGCAGGGCUGCUGGAGGACCGCCCGGUAUGUGUCCAUCUCCAACACACUGCAGGUGGUGCUGCUCGUGCACAACAGGCACAUGCGCGUGCCAUACCGGGGCUUCUAUGCACGCUACAGAGCGUUCAGCUCGCAGGACACAGCAGAGCAGGAAGAGGAGGGGGAUAUUCCUCUGGAGGUGAUAGAAGCUGCUUUCAGUGAAGGAGACGAAUCCUCUGCAUCUCCAUCAUCUCCAUCCGCAUCCACACAAAUCCCAGACCGCACCACACCGUCCAAUCAGCUUCCAAAGCCCAGCAGGGAAUCCUGGGAAAACACUAAGCCACAUUUAGCUCCUCGCAGUCAUCAGAAAAAUGAUGAUGAUAACUUUUUCUCAGCAUCCCAGAAGCUGCAGCCCACUUUGAUUGGCUCCGGGUUUGAGGCGGCGUUCGGGAUCAGCACAUACACACACAUGCCGGACUCUCGCUCUCCGUCCGCCCAGCGCAGGAAUGCAGAGACGGCGCCAGCAGUGUCUGAUGGAGGACGAGAGGAUGGAUGGAGAGAUGAUGAUGAUAAUGAACAUGAAAAUGGUGACGUGUUUAUGGAGGCUGAGAGAAGCGUCUCAAUGCCGGUGCUUUCAGACAUUCAGCCCAAACUACACUUCAUGUCCACAGAAGAUGCCAGUUACCAUCAAACUACACGAAACAACACCAGCAGCAGACAUUUACCUGGAGAGCUGCUGUUGGAGGUGGGUGUGGAGGUUAGUCUGAAAUCUUCAUAUCUUGAAGAUGCGCCUUCACUCACAUCUGCUCUGGACAUCAUGAUACGAGACGCAUUUGUCUCUCCCCCUCUGAAGAUGUUGGACUUUAAAAGACUGAAGAAGUUGAGUUCUGGUGUGUUGUUCAUCGUGUGGCUGUGGUUGGAGAAGACAUCGGUGGAGGAUCUUCAGUCAGCCCUGCAGGAGCUUCUUCAGCUUCACCACAAAACUGUCAAAUCACAAACCAGCGACACUCAGGGGCUCAUUGUGUCCAUUUCCACUGAAGACAUCAAUGAGUGUGAGACUCAUAUGGUGGUGUGCGACGCUGACGCCGAGUGUGUGAAUCAGUUUGGAUCCUACUCCUGUCGCUGUCUGCAUGGUUACAGAGAGGCUCAUGGGAAUGGAGAGAGCAUUUGUGUAAAACCUGCUGCACCUGACUGUAGUGGGAUGACAUCAUCUCCAUCAUCGGCAGCAGCAUCUCCCACAAUCCUCCGGGGCGUUUAUGCCGUCUGCGGGCUGCUCCUGUUGCUCAUCCUGCUGUCUCUGCUGGUCCUCUUAUAUCUGUACCGGCGGUAUCAUCGAGGGAAAUUCAUGCUGCACUGCCAUAAAGCCAGCGCUCGCAGUGUUGUGGAAAACACCAACAACAAUAACACUGGAAAUGAUGACCCGUCCAUAUUCCCUCCUCCACCUCCUCCACCCCCACCCAUGAGGAUGCCCAGAGACGGGCCGCGCUCAAUGGACCUUCCCUUACUGCGCUUCAGCUCUCUGGUGCCCUCUGAUGGCUUCAGGAGUAAAAUACACAGUGAGAAAUCUCAGCUCUGAGUCUCUCCACUGCACUGAUGUACGUGUGCUGAGGAGAUCUUGAUUGAUCUGUGUGUGAUUGUGGUGUAUUUUGGGGUGAAUAAUUGACUUGUUUAUGGUUUGCUCUUGUAUUUUGGUUGACAGAAGACUUUGACUCUUAAAAAUAGAACUGAACGCAA